GGCGGCGUAAGGCGCGCGGGCCCCGGAGCGGGCGCGGCGGAGCGGCGAGCCCGGCCCUCCCGCCGAACAUGCCGAGGCCGGCCCCAGCGGCGCGGGAGCCGGAGCGGGGGCCCAAGCGGGCGCCAGAGCCGGAGCCGGAGCGCGAGUGCGCGCGGGGCCCGGAGCGGGGGACGCCGCGCUGCUGAGGCCGGCCGCCGCCACCGCCCGCGGGCCCCAGGCGGAGCGCAGCUGGGUACCACAAGAUUUGAGGCUGUGGGACCUGUCAGCAGAAUGUCUCCUCUCUCUCCAAGCAAGCCUGAGGCCACCAAGAUGAGCACUGCGGCUGAGCCCACGAGCGUGGCUGCGUGUCACUAGCUGGGAGCCGCAAGGCCACCCACAGCUGGUGUGAUGGUGUAUUAGCGCAGAGUGGUGACCUCAGGUUUCGCAGACUCGGGAUUGCACAGAGCAGAGUCACCGUGGAGAGGCCAGGGUACCACAAACUUAUGGAUUUUGACAAGAAAGGAGGGAAAGGGGAGUUGGAGGAGGGCCAGAGAAUGUCCAAGACCGGCGGGGGCCGGAGCAGCCAUGGCGUCCGGAGCUCGGGGACCAGCUCAGGGGUCCUAAUGGUGGGCCCCAACUUCCGAGUUGGCAAGAAGAUAGGCUGUGGCAACUUCGGGGAGCUUCGCCUAGGAAAGAACCUCUAUACAAACGAGUACGUGGCAAUCAAGCUGGAGCCCAUCAAGUCCCGGGCCCCGCAGCUGCACCUGGAGUACCGCUUCUACAAGCAGCUCAGCACUGCAGGUAAGGGGCAUGUGUGGGAGCUGGCCUGGCCCUCCCUGCAGGGUGCCGGGCUGGCGCCCAGAUGCUUCUGUGUUCUCCUUACAGAGGGAGUCCCUCAGGUCUACUACUUUGGCCCCUGCGGGAAGUACAACGCCAUGGUGCUGGAGCUGCUGGGGCCCAGCCUGGAGGACCUGUUUGACCUGUGCGACCGCACCUUCACGCUGAAGACGGUGCUCAUGAUUGCCAUCCAGCUGAUCACACGCAUGGAGUAUGUGCACACCAAGAGCCUCAUCUAUCGAGACGUGAAGCCGGAGAACUUUCUGGUGGGGCGCCCGGGGACCAAGCGACAGCACUCCAUCCACAUCAUCGACUUUGGGCUGGCCAAGGAGUACAUCGACCCCGAGACCAAGAAGCACAUCCCGUACCGCGAGCACAAGAGCCUGACGGGCACUGCGCGCUACAUGAGCAUCAACACGCACCUGGGCAAGGAGCAGAGCCGCCGCGACGACCUGGAGGCGCUGGGCCACAUGUUCAUGUACUUCCUGCGUGGCAGCCUGCCCUGGCAGGGACUCAAGGCCGACACGCUCAAAGAGCGGUACCAGAAGAUCGGGGACACCAAGCGGGCCACGCCCAUCGAGGUGCUGUGUGAGAGCUUCCCAGAGGAGAUGGCCACGUACCUGCGCUACGUGCGCCGCCUGGACUUCUUUGAGAAGCCGGAUUACGACUACCUGCGGAAGCUCUUCACUGACCUCUUUGACCGCAGUGGCUAUGUGUUCGACUACGAGUAUGACUGGGCAGGGAAGCCUCUGCCAACACCCAUUGGCACCGUUCACACCGACCUUCCUGCCCAGUCCCAGCACCGGGACAAAGCCCAGCCACACAACAAAAACCAGGCACUGAACUCUACCAAUGGAGAGCUGAACGCAGAUGACCCCACAGCCGGUCACUCCAACGCCCCCAUCACAGCCCCCGCAGAGGUGGAGGUGGCUGAUGACACCAAGUGCUGCUGCUUCUUCAAGAGGACGAAGAGAAAAUCGUUGCAGCGGCACAAAUGACCCAGGUGCCUGCAGUGCUAUGACUUUCUCUGUGCAGCCCUGGGGCGCUUGUUCAGGACGCCUAGGGGCUCCAUCCUCAGCGGCCCGGGGUCCAAGCCCAGCCAAAGCCAGGGCGCAAACUGUGGGACUCCAAGGGCCCAGAGCGGCCACAGGCCCCCACCCCCGGGACGUGGGGUCACUUCCUUCACGUAAGACUUUGGCUGAAAUUUCUACACCCGUGUCUAGUCCUCCCCUCCGAGAGCAUUAACUAUUUAAAACAAGGAUAAAAGGAACAAAGCAGAGGCCACCCUGCGCUCGCCCCUCCUGCCGCCCGUGCUCAAGUGCAUAGCGUGGCCCCGGAGGCCCAGGCUGCCCACCCCCGUUAGCCUCAUAAAGUCCAGCUUGUCUCCCUC